AUGGGGAAUUUUCAGUGGAGUGUGUGUCUGGCAGCCUCCUGUUGUCGUGUUUCUUUGCCAACAACAACCCUUUUGUCUUCAUUUUUCUUUGUUGUGUUUUUUUGGCACAUCAAAGAAGUUGCACCUGAAGUAGAAGAACCUCCUCCCACCGCUGAAGAGCCUGCAGAAGAAGAGUCUCCAGUUGCAGAUGAAGUAGAUGACCCAGAACCCAAACCAAAAGCGUUUGCUCCAGCAAUGACUGUGCCAAAGAUACCAGAGGGAGAAAAAGUCGACUUUGAUGACAUCCAGAAGAAGCGCCAGGAGAAGGAUCUUGCUGAGCUGCACUCUCUGAUCGAGGCCCACUUCAUCCAGCGGAAGAAGGACGAGCAGGAACUCAUCACUCUCGUUAACAGGAUCGAGAAGCGUUGUGCUGAGAGGGCUGAACAGCAGGGGAUCCGUGCUGAGCAGGAGAAAGAGAGACUGGCACGUGUUGCUGAAGAAAAGGAGAGGAAGGAGCAGGAGGGCAAGAAGAGGAAAGCUCUGACAAACAUGACUCACCAGUAUGCCGGCAUCCAACAAAGGGACGGCAGGAAGGGAGCUAGGAAGCAGACAGAGCGAGAGAAGAAAAAGAAGAUCCUGGCAGACAGGAGGAAGCCGCUCAAGAUCGACCACCUCAGUGAGGACAAACUGAAGAGGAGAGUUUCUACUAUGAGCAGUUAUCAUUCACAGCUCUGUAGUCGGCCACAUUUCCAGUCUGAUCCAUGUGAUUUAUUUGAGAAACUGAAGAGACAGAAAUAUGAUGUAAGUACUUUGCCUCUGGAUGUUCAUGUGCUGAUGACUCUGUGAAAUUACACGAGUGAAAAUCAUUUUCUCCAAACUACAUUUUUCUAACCAUGUUAUCAGUGGAAAAGUGGGGUUGACAGCGUCCUCAGAAAAGUUCAGCUCCUGAAUUGAGACACAGCUACUAUCUAGUAAACUUUUGUGUUGCUUUUUAA